AUGGCAGGUAAUCGCGGUUCCACUCGGGGAAGGACUAACAAUGCUGAAGAGGAUCUUAUCACAACAAUUGGGGGAUUGGCCACGUUCGUCCAGAACAUGAGCCAAGAAUGGCAAGAACAUCGUCAACAGAACCAGAAUCAACCCCCGCUGCAGGACCAUGCAGAGGAGAUUGCCCGACGGAGGUUGAAGGACUUCCGUAAUUUUCAACCACCUAUCUUUGAAGGUGGAGACCACCCUGAGGCUGCAGCAAACUGGCUGCAGAUGAUCGAACAUAUCUUCGAACGGAUGGGAUGCCCGGAGGCUCAGAAGCCGGACUAUGCCUCCUAUCAGUUGACGGGAGAAGCAUUGACAUGGUGGACUGGCGCGAGAGCUCUGCUGCGAGCUCAAAAUACUGAAGUGACCUGGGCUGUGUUCAGGAGGGUAUUCUUGGACAAGUACUUUCCAAAAGCAAUGCGAAGAAUGAAACACACAGAGCUACUGUCUUUGAGGCAAGGAAACAUGACUAUCAAUGAAUACAUUGCAAAGUUUGCACAACUGAUGGAAUAUGCCAAUUUUGACCGUAACAUCUAUGAUGAGGAGUGGCAAGUGGAGAAGUUUGAGAGUGGAUUGCAUCCCGAGAUCAGAAAGCUCAUGUUGACCACGGCUAUCCGUACUCUGCCCGAAAUCAUUAAUCAGAGUCGGCAGGCAGAAGGCAUUAUCAUGGAAGCAAGAAAUUUGAAUAGACAACCGGUGCAACAGCAGGGAGGAAACAGAGGGGGCAGAUUCUUCAAGAAGAACACGGGAAUGAACAAGGGAAAGGGUCCACAGAUGCAAGCUCGGAAUGGUAAUUUCAAGAGAAAUAAUGCACCCGGUCAGUCAUCAGCAGGACGUCAGGGUCCCAGUGCAUGUUCUAAUUGUGGGAAAAACCAUGCUGGAGUCUGUUUACAGGGAAGCAACACAUGCUACAGAUGUGGUCAACCUGGACAUUUCGCUUCUAAAUGUCAAAACUAUGCAAGUCAGCAACCUACUCAGGCCAGAGUGUUCACCCUCGAUGCUAAUGAGGCGCAGAAAUAUCCGAAUCUUAUUCGAGGUAACAUAAUCCUUAACGGUUAUCCAAUUUCUGUUAUUUUUGAUUCUGGAGCAUCUGGUUCGUUUAUGGCAAAACAUAUAGCUAUGAAGAUAGGUAUAACCCCAGCUCCACUCCCCUAUGAAUUACAAAUCAGUACUCCUACGGGGGGAUCCUGUACAGCCUCAGAAAUUUGCAGAGGCGUUCUUCUGGAGUAUGAAGGAAGCAUUUAUACAAUCAACUUAGUGGUUUUGCCGGUAUUCAAUUUCGAAGUAAUUAUCGGCAUGGACUGGUUGGUGGAGAACAUGAUCACUUUGGACUGCCAAGCAGGGAAGGUCAUUGUUCCUUCGAGAGACGGUAAUUUUCUGUCUUUUGCUACUAUUUCUUUGUUGCAAGUUCGUAAAGAGCUCCUUCGGGGGGCAACAGGUUAUCUCUUGUCAAUCGAGGCUGAGACCCUGGUUGAAAAUCCAAUUCAAAAUGUACCAGUGGUGAAUGAAUUCGAGGAGGUAUUCCCCGAUGAAAUUCCUCGAUUACCCCCUCAGCGGGAAGUAGAAUUUUCCAUUGAGCUUAUUCCCGGAGUUGGACCUAUUUCCAUUGCUCCGUAUCGUAUGGCACCUUUGGAACUCCGAGAGUUAAAGAAGCAAAUAGAAGAACUGCUGGCAAAAGAAUUCAUAAGACCUAGUACUUCUCCAUGGGGUGCACCAGCCAUUUUGAUAAAGAAAAAGGAUGGCAGUCUACGUUUGUGUGUGGACUAUCGUCAGCUGAACAAGGUGACUGUAAAGAAUAAGUAUCCAUUGCCGAGGAUUGAUGAUUUGAUGGAUAAACUCAGAGGUGCCAAAGUGUUCUCCAAAGUAGAUCUUCGAUCGGGAUACCAUCAAAUCCGGGUCAAACCGGAGGAUAUUCCGAAAACUGCUUUCCGUACCCGUUAUGGGCACUAUGAAUAUCAAGUGAUUCCGUUCGGACUCACAAAUGCUCCAGCGAUAUUCAUGGACUACAUGAACCGCAUUUUUCGUCCUUUCCUGGAUCAGUUUGUCAUAGUGUUCAUCGAUGACAUCCUGAUUUAUUCUGUCAAUGAAGAAUUACAUGCAGCGCACUUACGGAUUGUUUUGCAGAUUUUAAAGGAGAAGCAGCUGUAUGCAAAGUGGUCUAAGUGUGAGUUCUGGCUCAGUGAAGUUCAAUUCUUGGGUCACGUAAUUUCUGCUGAGGGUAUUGCAGUUGACCCCAGCAAGGUCGAAGCGGUGAGGAAUUGGGAACGACCCAGAACUGUCACAGAAAUACGAAGUUUCUUGGGACUAGCAGGCUAUUACAGAAGAUUUAUUAAAAAUUUCUCACGAUUGGUACAGCCUCUCACUCGCCUCACUCGGAAGGAUGUGCCUUUUGAGUGGACUGUAGAUUGUGAAGAAUGUUUUCAGGAGCUGAAGGAUAGAUUGACUAGUGCUCCAAUCCUUACCAUUCCUGAUCCAACCAGGAAGUUCGAAGUGUACUGUGAUGCGUCCUUGAAAGGACUUGGAUGUGUACUGAUGCAAGAUCGCAUGGUCGUGGCUUAUGCCUCUCG